AUGUCUGUUUCGGAUAAAGAGUUACCACAGGCCAUCCAGCAACCUGAAAUAUUACGUGUUGGUGUUAAGAUGCCGCCAUUUUGGCCUGAAGAACCUGCCUUAUGGUUCGCUCAAGUGGAAAGUCAGUUCGUUUUGUCGCGGAUAACUACGGAUGACACAAAAUUUUGUUACCUCGUAGCCCAGCUGGAUCAUCAAUAUGCUGCCGAGGUCAAGGACGUCAUCACCAACCCACCUGAAAAAGAUAAGUACCUAAAGCUGAAAACAGAACUUAUUAAAAGACUUUCCGCUUCUAAGGAAAAACGGGUCAAACAGCUGCUGAUGCAUGAAGAGCUCGGGGACAGGAAGCCUUCCCAGUUCCUCCGACACCUGGAAAGCCUGGCAGGUCCAGAUGUACCAAAGGAUUUCUUGUCUACAAUAUGGUCUAGUCGUUUACCUCACAGUAUUCAAACCGUUGUUGCUUCGCAGAGUGAGCUUGCAUUGGAAAAACUGGCCGAACUUGCAGACAAGGUGCACGAGAUAGCCCCAUCAUCUCCCCAGGUGGCAAGUACCUCUUCAGCUCCUCCAACCGCGUACCACGACCUAACGAGACAGAUAAGCGAACUUACCAGGCAGGUGGCCAUGCUUACGUCCAAGGUAAAUGACAGAAGCUACGAUCGCGAACAUCCAUACUCCAACAGACGCAGAUUCUCACGCAGCCGCUCCCGCAGUCGGUCUCGUCCGAGGCAACCUCCAGCAAACCACCCGCAUUGCUUCUACCACUUCACCUACGGUGAUAAGGCGCAGAAGUGUAAGGAACCGUGCAGCUUCCACAAGGACACAGAAUCGGAAAACUGUCCGGGCCGUCGGAAGUAG